AGAAUUUUUUUUGGUGAUUACAAACGAUUAACUUUUAACGGCGGAAGCCGGUAAUUAACUAAUUACAACUCCCUGGACAGUCAAUCGCUAUCUUUAAUCACUCUUCAUAGGCGACUCAAAUCCGAGCAAUUCUCCCAAAUUUCAUAGAACUUCUAAACAUGGUAGCUAGAUUGAUUUCAAGCAAUCUAAAUCGAAUACGAAAAACGUAUAUAUCAUCAACUAUUAGAUACAACAACAAUUUCACUCCUCUAUAUCUAUCUCCCAAUUUCCAAUUCGAUAAUGAUGAUUCAGCUACAAGUAUGGGGAGUCGCAGCUUUAUGCUUCAGAAAAGAUGGCAUACGGGACAUUCACAUUCACAUCAUGACCAUGACGACCUCCGCUCCGGUAAAAACGGCGAGAGGAUUUUCCGGCUUGGCCUCGCUGCUGAUAUUGGCCUCGCCGCCAGUAAAGCUUUCACAGGUUAUAUAUGUGGUAGCACCGCCAUUAUCGCUGAUGCCGCCCAUUCUAUCUCCGAUGUGGUUCUGAGUGGAGUGGCAUUGCUGUCGUUUAAAGCUGCAAGGGUUCCCAAGGACAAAGAACAUCCUUAUGGACAUGGUAAAUUUGAGACUCUUGGAGCUCUUGGAAUUUCUGGUGUACUAUUGGCUACUGCUGGAGGUAUUGGAUGGCAUGCUUUAGAUGUUUUGCUGGGAUUAUGGUCUACAGCGCCCGAAGUUGUUAACCAGUCAUUGAGUCAUCUGGACGUGCAUGAGCAACAUCAUAGUGGACAUCACCAUGGAAUAGAUAUGGAUCACCCUAUUCUUGCUUUGAAUGUGACUAUACUCUCUAUAGCUGUUAAAGAAGGAUUAUACUGGAUGACAAAGAGAGCGGGGGAUAAGAUUGGCAGUGGACUGAUGAAAGCCAAUGCUUGGCAUCAUCGUGCUGAUGCAGUAUCCUCCGUCGUUGCUCUCAUAGGAGUUGGUGGUUCAAUCCUUGGGGUGAGGAUCCUUGAUCCACUUGCUGGGCUUGUUGUUGCAGGCAUGAUCAUGAAAGCUGGACUUGAAACCGGAUAUCAGAGUGUCUUGGAAUUGGUUGAUGCUGCUAUUCCUUCACAUACCCUGAAGCCUUUCAAGCGCAUGAUUCUACAAGUUGAUGGAGUUAAGGGAUGCAGUCACCUGAGGGGAAGGAGGGCUGGUUCAUAUCUCUAUCUUGAUGUUAUUGUUGAGGUUGACCCCUUUUCUAGUGUGAGUGCCGCACAUGAAAUCGGGGAAAACGUCCGCCGUGAAAUCCAGCAGUUACAUCCCGAAAUUGCCGAAGUCUUCGUACACAUAGAGCCAUCCACUAUACACAUUCCACCAACUGUUGUGUUUCAGCAGAGGGCUAACACAAUGGGUGCCCCCCAAGACCAUUCUUCAAUGGAGCUCGCAGACAUUGAAAAUAAAGUUUACAACAUUUUAUCUACAAACUAUUCUCAGAAGAUGAUAAUUGAGCGUGUAAAUCCACAUCUGUUGCAAGGACAGAUUUUACUUCAAGUUGAAGUUUCUAUGCCUCCUGAUCUCUUGAUUAGGGAUGCGGAAAAAGUUGCAGAAGAAGCAGAGAAAUUAAUCAUAGAGGCAGCACCAGAUAUUGUUCAUGUGUGCAUUCAGCUACGCCUAGGGCAACCUAUGCCAGAGCCUUACAAGGAAUGGGUGGACAGUAGAAGUGAGAGGAAAGAUAACUGAUUUUACAUGUAUACGCCCAGAUUUUGUAUACUGAAUAAAAGAAUUCCAACUCGAAAAACCAGAAAACUACACUCAGUAAUUACAGGUAGCAUAUUUAAACUGAUCUCAUACACAUUCCAUUGAGGCUUAUGUUAAUAUAAACAAUCUGAGGCUAUUCCGUUUAAAACAA